UGGGUGCCCCCUCCCUGUGGCCCCCCGGCGAGGGCGGGGGCCGGGACCCCCCGUCGGCCCGUCCCGUGCCGGGGCGCUGAGCACAGCAAAGCCCUUUGUGGUGGCCUCUGCAGCCCCGGCAGAUUCCGGCGGGCGCCAAUGGCCGGGCCGAGCCCUAAUCCCCCCGGCCGGGGACUCAGCGCCCGCUAAGCCGGGCUGAAUAAACCCUCCCGCAGACAACAGCGCCGGGGGGGGCGGCCCCCGCAGCCCCCAGCGGGGCCGAACCGGGGGGGGCCACCCAGGACCCCCCCUGUGGGUGGGGAAGGCUCCCAAUGGGGUUACCCCAAAGUGUCCCCAAAGCACUGGAGGGGGGUUGGAGAUGCCUCAGCACUGCCCCGAGCGUGGGGGUCCCCCAAACCACACAGAGGGCACCGUGGGUCACAGCCCCCCCCACCCCAGGCAACCCCAGGGACAGGGGACACAGCUCUGGGGGGGUCCCCGCUAUCAGGGGGUGCCACAGGGCUGUCCCGGGGGGGCUCGUGGGGGGUUCCUUGCUGCGUGUCACCCGUCCCCUGCCCUGGGCAGCGAAGCGGUUAAGGGGGGGUGGCAGAGGUGGGAUCCCACCCCCGGGGCCGGCCCGGGGGGGCCUUAUAAAGGUGGGCACGGGCAGCCCCCGGGGAGGGGAGCGGGGCCGUGGAGGGCAGCGGGGCCAGGCCAUGCGGGAGCUGCGCUCGUCCUCCUUCUGGAGGGCCGUCCUGGCCGAGUUCCUGGGCAGCUUCCUCUAUGCCCUGCUGGGGCUGGGGGCCUCCCUGCGCUGGGCCCCGGGCCCCCCCAGCGUCGUGGGGUCCGCCCUGGCCUUCGGGCUGGCCCAGGCCACCCUGGUGCAGGCGCUGGGCCAUGUCAGCGGCGGCCACGUCAACCCGGCCAUCACGCUGGCCUUCAUGCUGGCCUCGCAGCUCUCCGUGGCCCGCACCGUGGGCUACCUGCUGGCCCAGGUGCUGGGCGCGCUGGCCGGGGCUGGGGUGCUCUACGGGGUGACCCCGGCCCCCAUCCGUGGCACCCUCGGGCUCAACGCGCUUCACCCCGGCGUGGGCCCAGGCCAGGGCACGGUUGUGGAGGUGCUCCUGACAGCCCAGUUCGUCCUCUGCGUCUUCGCCAGCUUCGACGACCGUCACGACGGGCGCCCGGGCAUGGCCGCCGUGCCCGUCGGCUUCUCCCUCGCCCUCGGCCACCUCUUCGGGAUCCACUACACGGGCGCCGGCAUGAACCCCGCUCGCUCCUUCGCCCCCGCUGUCAUCACCCGCGACUUCACCAACCACUGGGUGUACUGGGCGGGCCCGCUGCUGGGCGCGGCGCUGGGCGCGGUGCUGUACGAGUUCGCGCUGUGCCCGCGGCCGCGCAGCCUGGCCGAGCGCCUGGCCGCCCUCAAGGGAGAGCCGCCCGCCGUCACCGUCCCCGCCGCCGCCGCCGUCACCGCUGUCGCCGAGCCGCCGCCCGAGCCGCCGGCAGAGCCGCUGGAGCUGAAGACGCAGGGGCUGUAACGGGGCCCGUCCCGGGGCGCGGCCCCGCGCCCGCCGCUGCUUUGCUGUGACGGGGCCGCCGCGGUGCG